AUGCAGAAAAACCCGAUGAAAUCACAAAUGAAUGAGCAGCUUCAUAACUUACAUGUCCAGCGAGCAGACAUGAACUGUCUCAUCAUGAACCACCUGGUCACACAAGGUUUUACGGAAGCAGCGCAGAAGUUCCGAAUGGAAUCUGGGAUUGAAUCCAGCGUCCAUCUAGAAACACCUGACCAGAGGAUCAAGAUCUGGGAGAUGAUACUGAAAGGUCAGAUCCAGGAGGCCACUGCGCUGCUCGACAGCCUUCCCCCAGCGCUCUUGGACACAAACCCGUACCUUUGCUUCCAUUUGCAGCAACAGCGUUUGAUCGAGCUGAUCUGCCAACGCGAGACCGAGGCCGCGCUGGAGUUUGCACAGACGCAGCUGGCGGAGCAGGCCCAGCAGAGCAGGCCCUGCCUGACGCAGCUGGAACGCACGCUGGCCCUGCUGGCCUUCGACAGCCCCGAGGAGUCCCCCUUCGGAGACCUCCUCCACCUGAUGCGGAGGCAGAAGGUGUGGAGUGAAGUUAAUCAAGCUGUCCUAGGUUAUGAAAAUCAAGAGGCAGCACCCAAGCUGGCAAAAUUACAAAAACUACUACUUUGGGCUCAGGAUGAGCUGGACUAAAAGGUAAAAUAUCCCCAAAUGACCAGACCUGAGCAAGGAUGUGAUCGAGGAGCCCAAAUAGAGC